AGUGUAGAGUAGGUUAGGCGCGCUCUCGUCUAGGCGCCUCAUUCGCGCCUAGCAUGGAGGCCCCACCGGGCGCAGAUUCGGGCGCUGGCCAGGUUUCGGAGGAGGUGAAGGAGAUCAAGGAAGAGAAGGAGGAGAAGACUUCGGAGCCGGAGGCGCAGCCUCCGAGUGCCUCGGAGGAGCAACCCGAGAGCGCUGCAAGCAAAGGCAAAGGCGAGGGCACAAGGGAAGCCGCUGAGCCAGGGGUGUCAAAAGCCCAUCCGGAGGGCGGCUUGGGCAUGGAUGAGAUGCCCCAGCCCACCUCGGCGCCCAGAGCCAUUGCGCCCGGGGACAGCUUGAAGCAGGAGGCCUCGCCGGCGGCGGGUCCGCCGAAAGGUGGGGGGAUUCAGGUGGGGAAGGGCAAGGGCAAGUCCCCGCCUACGGGGAAGGGCGGCAAAGAUGGCAAGGGCGAUGCAGGCGCCAAGGCUCCAGACGUCCCGAUCCCGGAGGCGAAAUCCACCUACCGGGAGGGGGGGCUGCGCACCACGGUGAACACGCCCUCGACCCUUCUCACAGAGGCCGACCCGGAGGAGGGCGGCAUUGAGCCGGAGCAUUACAUGUACUACGCGCAGCAAUACGCGGCGCUCGCACAGCAGUACGCUGCCUACGCGCAGUACUGCGCACAGUACGCGCCACAGGUGGCGUCUGGAGAGGCUGGAGCAGGCUCAGCGCCGGGCAAAGGCGCUGUUGCAACUGCUCAGCCCCAGCAGCCGCAGCAGCGGCAGCAGCAGGAGCAGCAGGCGCAGCAGAAGAGCACUCCCAUCAUGGUGACACCGUAUCGCCACAAUUGGCUCAUCAGCGGCAGCCACCGAGGAAAUCAAGACGGGGCGUGGUACGAGUCCAUCAAGGGAGAUAUCGUGAAGACCUUGGGCACCCUCUCCGGAUACAUGGGGGGCUGCCGAGCCUGCGCUCCCGUGCCAUGGCAGUGAUGGCCGGCGAGCCUCCGGGCCUUGCGUGCUGAAGCAGCGAGGUUUCGGAAGGUUACCGCUCUCAGAUUCCACGUGGGCGCACUUCGAUCUCGACGAG